AUGGUGGUCCUCUUCCGAGGGAAUUGCGGCCUUUCCAAAUGUAUAUCGCUCUACAUGGCUUUCAUGGCAAUGGCAGAUCUCCUGGUGAUGAUCCUCUGUGUAAUUGCGUAUCAUAUCGUCAUGUACCAGUUUCCAUUCUCCUUCCUGCCCUACACAUCAGCCUGUAAGGUCGUCCUGUACUUCAAUUCGACCUGCCUGCAAACCUCGGUCUGGUACACUGUCCUGUUCACAGCCGAUCGGUUUGUAGCGCUCUGUUGUCAGAAGCUUAAAACGAAAUAUUGCACGGCGAGGACAGCUGUUGCCGGCAUUAUAACCGUUCCGCUCCUGAUGCAUUUACAGAACGUCCCGUAUCUAUUUCAGUAUAAACCUGUGCGUGUAAUUAACGGUAUUCAAUGGGGCUGUCAGCGGAGCUCCUGGUUCGUGACGUCUCUUGUGGGCGUCGCAUUCUCCUUUCUGCAGAGUAUUUUAACGGUUAUAUCACCUUUUGUUCUGAUAACCCUGUUUAACUGUCUGACGGUAAGGCGCAUUUUAUUAGCCAGUAAAGUACGCCGCGGACUGCGCGGUCACAGCAGUCAAACACAGAAGGAUCCGGAGAUGGAAGGCCGCCGGAAAUCCAUCAUUUUACUCCUUAGUGUGUCCGGCAGUUUCAUUCUGUUGUGGCUGUCGGUCACUGUGAUCUUUCAGAUCACCCGACUCGCAGGAACCGCGCAUUACGAAGGUGAUUACACCGACUCUGCCUAUGUCGCCAUUGAAGCCGGCUACAUGAUCAUGUAUCUGAGUUCCUGCACGAACGCCUGUAUUUAUACAGCGACCCAGGCUAAGUUUAGAGAGGAAAUGCGGCUGGUGUUAAAAUCUCCUUGGACUUUGUUUUUCAUACUGGUUAAAAAAAACACAGGCAAAGCAAAGCACAUGUUCCUAAAGUUCGAAAGUUCAUCACCCACUAAUUCUGCGCAUCGGAAAUCUGUCAUUGGGUCGCGAUGUACAUCUGCGUUUUAUGUGUUUAACAAUAAAGUGUCUCGCUAUUAA